GCACGGUCCGUCACAGAAACAGGACGUACCGGCUUCUUGUCUUACUUUUCCACGACAAAAAGGAUUUCCUGAUGGAGCUCUCUUGAUCAGUGUGGCUCCGUUCCUCCAAUAUGUCAUCAGCAUUUGGUAUUUCUGCUGCUUUUUUCCACUCUUUGAAGCGCUCAUGCACUCAGGGGAAAUUCUCUCAUAGAAACCAUUGUCCCUGGAAAACACUGACCUGGCUCCUCAAAACUGGAGCUGUGAGAAAUGCUCAUAGAUGGACAACAACGGCACCAAAGUCAAAGGGCCCUGUAUUUGCCCGGGCCGCCUCAUAUGAAGACAAAACUGCAAUUACAGAUGACAGCGGCGCUCACAGUUAUAAACAACUGUACAGCAGCAGUUUGUGGCUGGCAGCUAGAAUCAGGGCUGCUCUCGGUUGUGGCACAGGUGAUGUUGGUGGUAAACGAAUCUCCUUCCUGUGUGGCAAUGAUGCGUCCUACACAGUAGCACAGUGGGCUGCUUGGAUAAGUGGUGGGACCGCGGUUCCCCUGUACAGAAAACACCCUCCAUCUGAACUGGAGUAUAUCAUUUGUGACUCCCAGAGCUCUCUGCUUGUGGCUGGACAUUCUUUUGCUGAUAAACUGGAGCCUCUGGCACAAAAGUUAGGUCUUCCAUGUUUGGCUCUUCCACCAACCUCUAACCUCAACAGUUUAGAUGAGGUGGAUACUCAUGAAAAAAGUACGAUCGAUGAUUGGAAUGAAAGGUCGGCCAUGAUCAUCUACACCAGCGGGACCACGGGACGUCCCAAAGGAGUACUGCACACACACCGCAGCAUCCAAGCCAUGGUCCAGUGUCUGGUGUCUGAGUGGGCGUGGUCUAAAGAUGAUGUCAUCCUGCACACUUUACCUCUUCAUCACGUCCACGGCAUCGUCAACAAACUGCUGUGUCCGCUGUCCGUCGGUGCCACCUGUGUCAUGCUGCCCGAAUUUGAGCCUCAAAAGGUGUGGGAGAGGCUGCUCAGCUCCAAGGCCCCGCGGGUGAAUGUGUUCAUGGCCGUACCGACCAUCUACUCCAAACUCAUCCAGUAUUAUGACCAGCACUUCACACAAUCUCAUGUCAGGGACUUUGUCAAAGCCGUCUGCAAGGAGAGGAUCAGGCUGAUGGUGUGUGGCUCGGCGGCUCUGCCUCUUCCCACUCUGCGGCGCUGGGAGGAGAUUACCGGGCACACGCUGCUCGAACGAUACGGCAUGACAGAGAUCGGCAUGGCACUGUCCAACCCACUCAAGGGCCCACGCAUCCCAGGAGCUGUGGGUCUUCCUCUUCCUGGUGUAGAGGUUCGCAUUGCCAUGAAUAACUCUGUCAGUACGACCAUUGCAGAGGGAAACCACAGAGAAACUCAGGUGCGUCCCGGGCUCGAGGCUAAAGAGGGAGAGCUCCUGGUCCGUGGAGCGUCUGUCUUUAGGGAAUACUGGAACAAGCCUCAGGAGACCGGCGAGUCCUUCACCGCCGACGGCUGGUUCAAAACAGGUGACACCGCCGUCUACAAAGAUGGCGUGUACUGGAUCAUGGGCCGCACCAGCGUAGACAUCAUCAAAAGUGGAGGCUACAAGAUCAGCGCGCUUGAGGUGGAGCGCCACCUGCUGGCACAUCCGGACAUUUUAGAUGUGGCUGUGGUCGGGGCUCCUGACGCAGUUUGGGGUCAGAAGGUCACCGCAGUCGUGGAGUUGAAACAAGGGAAGAACCUGACUUUAUCGGACUUGAAGAUUUGGGCUCGGGAGCACAUGGCGCCCUACACCAUCCCCACCGGCCUGCUGCUGGUCGACCAGAUGCCCCGGAACCAAAUGGGCAAGGUCAACAAGAAGGAGCUGCUCAGACGCUUCUUCUCCUGAUGGAAAUACGAGUGUACGGUCAGCAGCAUUACACCCAGGAGUAACGUUUGAGUCACUCUUUUUAUAAACUAUGUCGAUUGAACAAGUGCCUUAUUGAUUUUAUUAUAAGAGAAACACUGUCCGUGAUCCAAUGUUUUACGAUCAGACUUUAUUCAUUGAUUAAACUGUUUGUAAUGUGAUAUUAUCGUCAGGGCGUGUGUCUCGGGUCCUGUUAAACGGACUUUUAAGAUGUGUCAGUCUAUAAUAUAUUCAUAAGAUGUAGUUUUUUUAUGAAUGAACCUUCCAAUCCCAUUAAAUGUGAUUAUUUUUUCAAAUCUAAAUAACUGACGUUGGACGCAGUGACAGUAUUUACAGUAUUACACUACGGUACAUUCAAACUGAACCACAAACCUUUUGGUUACUGUGCCUGGUCAUAGAUUAUGUUUUGGAAAAUGACAUAAAAUUCUACGUGAGACUGAAAUAAGUUGAUUGUAAAAGUGCUGCUCCUCCAUCUCUCCUUCUCCAGCUCUCCUCCUCCAUCUCUUACUUCACCUCUCCUCCUCCAUCUCUCAUUCUCCACCUCUCCUCCUCAACUCACUUCCAUCUCUCCUCCUCCACCUCUCAUACUCCACCUUUCCUCCUCCAUCUCUCAUACUUCACCUCUUAUACUUCACCUCUCCUCCUCCACCUCUCAUACUUCACCUCUCCUCCUCCAUCUCUCCUCCUCAACUCACUUCCAUCUCUUGUCCUCCAUGUCUCCUCUUCUAUCUCACGUCCAUCUCUCUUCUUCCACCUCUCCUCCCCCUCUACCAUCUCUCCUCCUCCCCCUCUCUCUUCCUUCAUCUCUCCUACUCCUUUUCUCCUCCUCCAUUGCUCUUUUUCCAUCUCUUCUCCUUCAUCUCUCCAUCUCUCCUACUCCAUUUCUCCUCCUCCUCUCCAUCGCUCUUCCUUCAUCUCUCCUACUCCUUUUCUCCUCCUCCAUCGCUCCUCCUCCAUCACUCCUCCUUCAUCUCUUCUCCUUCAUCGCUCCUCCAGCUCUCCUCUUCUUCCACCUCUCCUCCUUCAUUUCUCCUCUUUCACUUCAUCUCCUUCUCUCCUCCUCAACUCACUUCCAUCUCCUCUUCCCCAUAUAACCUUUUCUAUCUCACCUCCACCUCUCUUGCUCCACCCUUCUCCGCCAUCUCUCUUCUUCCACCUCUCCUCCCCCUCUACCACCUCUUUUCCUCCAUCUCUGCUCAUCCCUUUCCCCUCCAUCUCUCCAUCUCUCCACCUCUUCACCUCCUCCUUCACCUCUCCUCCUCCAUCUCACUUCCCCCACCUCCUCCUCCUCCUCCUCCUCCUCCACCUCCUCGUCUCACAGAUUACACCAGGAACAACUUGACUGUAGACGUCUCUUCAAUGAGGCCUGGCUCGAUGCCAAGAGAAAGAGAGAGAGAAAAAGAGAGAAAGAGAGAGAGAACAACAGAGGUAUGGAGCAGUUGGAGUACGGGGGAUGAGUGUAUUGUUUUCACUGGCGCUAAAUGAACAUAUUGCACUGACUCUGUGUUUUGUGUCAGAGCCUCAGACGUGUCUAGUUUUAAGUCUGGUGAAUUUAAUACUUCAGAAAAUGUGUCGUCUACUUUUAAUGUGCAAUAAAAUGUUUUAAUUGUU